UGUCACUCUUGGUUCCGUCUUGGCUGCGGCUGGUGCUCGACUAAAUCAAGCGCGAGUCCUUGUAGCAAACAAAAAAAAAUAAGCAAGAAGGCGUAGGAGUGACGCCAUGUUUUGAAAAGUGUCUACCAUUUUAUUAUUUGCCAACAACAAAUAUAAUACACAAACAAACACACACAUACGCACACACACACACACACACACAGAGAGAAGACAAAUACAAAGUGCAAGACAUUAAAUGCAUUGAGAAAAGUAAAAUUUGAAAGGACAUCAAGAGAAAAGUGCAAAUUUUUCACAUACUCAAACAGCAGAGACGUCCCGAACAAGGAGCCGUGAGCGUCCAUUGAUUUGUUUGUUGCGACAGAGGCAGUUCUAAGGCAGCUGUUGCCAUGGCCGGUCAAUUUGUCGACGCUGGUGCCAUCCUGGGGCUGCUGCUGCUUGGCAUUGUCCUGGCCACGCCCCAACGCACCGCCUAUUCACUGCAGGCGGCCGUCGAUGAGCUGCAUCGCCGCGAGGCUGCCAAGUUUCCACUGAACGCUCCGCCCCCAUCUGGACAACUGGACGACUGGGAUGAAGUUGCAGAUAGCGAUUUAUUUGGCACCGGCACCAGCAACAAGUUUAAGAAUCGGAAUCGCCAUAGAAUAAACAAAGCACUUGCCAAGUAUUUAGAGCGCGAGAAUGAGCGAGAGAACUACGAGCUGGGCGCCCUAGGCGGCCCACCAUUCGAUGGCUAUGAGUUCGAUGAUGAGCGCGAGCAGCAAGCGAAUCCCAGCAAUCUGUUUGUGGAUGAGAAGCGCAAGCGUUCAUCCUCCAACUUUAGGGAGCGUGAUGAGCAGCAGUACGAGUCUGCUCCAUCUGUCUUCCGUGAACGUGAAAACCUGGGCGCAGAUCCCACGCACAGUGAGCUAACUGAACAGUUUCUGAGAGAGAUCGAGGAGGCCAGCGAGCAUGAGCGUCAGGAGCGUUACAAGUUGGCACUGCGUCAGCUCUGGGAGAAGUAUCAGCAACAGGAGAACGAGAUACACAGCAACAACAACAACAACAAUGGUGUGCCCGGUGAGCCCGAUGAGCUGGAGGAGCAGCAACAGCAGCAGCAGCUGUUUGAGCAAAAGAAACGCAUGCGCAUGCCGCCCUACUAUCUGCUCAUGCAAAAGAAACGCUCGUAUCCGGUGCUGCCCUGGCUGCCCUACAAUGCCGACAAGAAGAAGCGCUUCCCGGUGGCCAAGCGUGCAGCUGGUGAGUCACCGCUAGCCAAAACGGACGAGCGUGUGGCCCAGGAGCUGAGCGAGCUGUUCGGCAAGCCGCUGAACGAACAGCAGCCGGAGGAGAAGAAGAAACGUUCCACGGAGGAGCAGCUGAAGGCAGCGUCGACCACACACCAGCCGGAGACAGCGGCAGCCACGGCAACCGCUUUGGGUGACAUGCGCUUGGAGAUCAAUUUCCAGCGCGUGAAUGUGAGCAGCGCAGCGCCAAAGGAGACGCCGACCCAAACACCACCAAAACCCGCCGGCACCGGCGAGUCGAUCUCGCACGGACAUGCGGGCUAUCAUCACAAGCGCAGCGAACAUCACUCGGAUGAGGAGUAUGGCGAGCAUGAGGGCGAGGGCGAGGGCGAGGAGAGCUCCGAUGAGGAUGAUCACGAUGAGUUCGACGAGGAUGAGGAUGCCGAAGCUGACGGCGACGGCGAAGGCGAUGCCGGCGAGCGACGACGCAAGAAGAAGCGAGCUGCGAAUCAUGUGCAUGGACCAAGCGUGGGACAUUUGAUGCUGCGUGCCAAGAAGUCCAUCGAUUGGUCGCAAUACUUUGGCCUCGAUCGCAAGAAGAAAUCCGAGCAGUUGGCAGAUGUCGAGUCCAAGAAACGCAGCGAUGAGAGCAACAACAGCAGCGGCAACAAUGAUGAGCUGGACGAUCAGGAGCAAAAGAAGAAGAAGCGCGACAUUGAUCCCGAGAAGCUGGAGAGCAUGGACAAGAAACUGCAAUCGAUUGAGGAUUUCAUUAUCGAUGAGACCAUCAAGUAUACGGGCGCACACGAGGGCAUCAAGAAUCAGGACGAGAUUAGGAAGUUGAAGGAGCACGUCCUCUCACGCCUGGCCACCGCCUACAGCCUGGAGAAGAUGCGUCGUGCGUUGGACAAGUUGCGUCAAUCUGUGGAUGCUGAAAACCAUCUACUACGCAACGUCAUCGAACCGGAGUCCGACGAGAAUUCACUGGACAGCCAGUGGCCAAAUAAGAAGCGUUUCAGCGUGAAGAAGCAGCAGGCCGAACAGCAGGCGGAAGAUGCGCAGCAGAAGAAGAAGCGCAGCGGUUACAUGCGCUAUCCGGAGCAGCCAAACACCAUGGAUGAGACUUUGGGCCUGCAGAACGCUGGCUACGAGACGCUGAAUGAUGCCUACUUGGGAAACAAGAACUACAUCAUUGGCUCCAAUCAGUGCCCCAUCAUUGAGUCCAUGGCAGAGCGUUGUCGCAGCGUUGAUCUCAUCUCGGGCGACUUGAAUCAGGAGUUGAUGCCGCUCUGUGGCGUGCAUCAGAUUUGUUAUCUUUGUGGCGCCUCUCAGGUAGCUUGCGAUUACCAAUACCUGGCCGAGGCGGAUACCAUUUGUGGCAGCAGCAACGAGUGCCAGGCCUCAGCUCGCUCCGUCUUGAUGAUACUGCGCGGCACGCCCGGACGUCAGCUGGGACCACGCGAGUGCUUGAAGAAUCCUUGUCUGUACCGGGCAAUGCGUGAAAUUGGGCUCUAAGCGAGCUACAACAAACGAAGCCAAGCACACAAUAUAUUUAAAACAAACAAACAAACAACAUACACACAUUUCUUAACGUCCUUUUGUGCGUUUCAAAAAAAUACAACAGAAAUACUAAAAAAAAAAACAAAGAAGUUAAAACCACAAAGAAACUUUGCUGAACUAGCAAAUCAAAAGUUAUUUGAUUCGAAAAAGAAACAAAAAAAAAAAACAAAAAAAAAUAAACAAAGAAAAAACCAAAAAGAAUAUUCUAUAUAAAUGUAUUAAAUAGGUGGCUAAAAAUAUUUGGAUACAUUUUGCUGUUGUCUUCUAAUAUGGCAGCAGCUCAACUAGAGUUUACCAGAGACCUAAAAGAAAAACAAAAAUAAACUGAAAUACUAAAGGCAAAAACCAAGCGAAUUUCCAAGCUACAGAUAAAACAUACACCAUAACCCAUACAG